AUGAAAAAAACAUCAUCUUGUUUAUGGGGAAUAAUCAGAAAAGUUUUAUUAAAUCUGUAUUUCAUAGAUAUAUUUUUAGUUCUUUAUAUCUCAGUUUGGUACCCAUUUUAUAAUUACAUUAUAUUAUUUACGGCUCAAAGUUCAUCAUGUGUAAAAUUAAAGAGGAACACUGUAAGUAUGCAUGUUAUCAAUGUGUAUGUUAUCUUUAUAAUAUAAUUUACUGUACAUAUUCGUUGUGAACACGUUUUGUAAAUGUCGAUCUUUUGUUGACGUUUACUACUAUUUAACCGUUAUUUAGGAACAUACCUUCUCGAAGUUUCAACAGUUGUAACAUUUUUAUAUAGUUACUACUUUAAACGCUAACGGAGAGUCUCGAGACCCUUGGCUCUUUUCUACUGC